UUUACCUCCUCGAUCGUCUCUCUCUUUCUCUCAUUUCCAACUCCUACAUUUCUGUCUGUCAGUAUGUCAAUGGCUUAUCUCUUUCACUGAGUUAACUCGCCGAUUCAAUUCAUAAAGAGAUUCUCUCCUUGAAACAUAUCUCGCCAUUACUUUUUCGAUCCGUUAGUGUUGUUGACUUUGAUCUGGAAGCUACACAAAAUAGGGUUCUGUAUAUGUUAGGGUUUCGAAGAGCAUCUUCAUAAUGCCUUCGGAGCUCACAGAAACGCAUAAGCUUUCGUUAGUGCCUACUAUGUCACGUUUUAAUAGUGGAUUGUGUUCUCAUCGUCUGAAACAUCUUGAAAAAAGUGAUCGCCGUGGUAACCUUAGUUAACAUUAGCUUUUCUCUUUCUUUUUUAAUUAUCCAUUGGAUUUCCUUUUGUUUCUUCUUCAUUUCUUUGUCCGUUCGAGGCGUCUGCGAUCAGUUUGACUGAGAAGGAUUACUUAUCUGGUUGGCGUUGACGUAAUCUAAGUUCCGUAUUAAACUACUGGUUUCUUGUCAUCGAUGGACAUUGGCUUUUUGUGUGGUGAGGAGAAAUCAAAUUCUUUGAGCAAUUUGGUAAAUAGCCUAAAUGACGGCCUUGGUGGAUCUUCGCAAACUCAGGAUUCUUGUGAACAGAAUACAUCUGAGGGAGAUGGUAUCAGUGAUGUUGAGGGGGCGCUUGGAGACCUGAAACUGGACAAGGCUAAAUCUAGUUCGAAGAACUUGUUCAAGUACCCUAGUUGUCCCGUACCUGCUAAGAUUUCAAAUUCUGGUACUUCUGAUGAACAAGAUGAGGAUGAAGAACUUAACAUAGCCUUGCGGCAACUGUUUUCUGAAGAGUCUACACGUGUGCCCUAUUGCCGCUCACUAUCUUUGCCUACUCCUUUGAAGCUUGUGUCUGCUAUGAAAGGCAGCCGAGAGAGAGAGGGCGGAUCACCGAGGAAACUGAACGUGAAGUGGGCUCCUGAUGUGUAUGAUCCUCCACCAACAAUAGUAUCCCACACCGUUAAUAGAAGCAGGAAGCAACAGAGGUUCAAGAAAGACGAAAGAAAGAAACAGAGAAGUGGAAAGAAGGGGCAGAGAGGCAACUCUUCGCACGGCGGUGGCAAAGAUAAGAAGCAAUUGCGGAAAAAUGCUGGGAGUUCAGACAAGGUUUUAAAAUCAAUGGACAUUCGUGAUAGAGUACUUGAGCUUUCUGGUGACCACAAAGACUUUGACAUUGGCAGCCCCGAGUCCUACUGUGGCAGCAUAUUCCGCAAACAAUCACUCAGCAAGCUGCAUUACUCAGUUGCUGAGGCGUUAUGACCACAAAUUCCCUUCCUACUUUCAUUUCCUUGCACGCAUGUGUACAUAAAUAAGGUUUUUAUUUCUGACUGUCUGCUUCCAUAAGUUGCUACUGUUUGCUUUUGUGCUGAUGGUGUGUGAAACUUAUAAAAAAAUUUUAAUUGUUCGUUUGUUUGAUAA